CAAAUCUGAUUUGUUUCCUCAUUUCAGUACAUGCGAACACAAAGGAAAUAUUUUUCAAGACUGAUUUGUAAAUGUGUUGUAUGAUAUAGAAAUCAUAGAUGUGAAUAUUCUUGAUUGAUAAGAAUGACUCUGAUUGUGUGGACGUUAGUUCUCUGUGUUCUGAUGUAUGGACCUGUGACUGGGGCCUGUCCUAGUGGCUGUUACUGUGGGAGGAGUACCUACUGUAAUGGGACAUUUGUAAACUGUGAAGCUAGAGGGUUACCUGAAGUACCUACCAACAUCCCCACAGAUACAUGUUUCUUAUCCCUAGCUGGCAACCAGAUAACCACCAUUGCAGACAAUGCCUUUAAUGGAUUGCCAAAUUUACAGGCACUGUAAGUUUUUG